UUUAAUGGGCUUGGAACGAGUCUAAAGGACAAGGUCGAACGCCUGCUGAUCGAGUGCUCAGGUCAAAAAUAUACCCUACACAAUCAAGAAGAUUUCUUGAAGCUUCUCAAGUGCAUAAGUGCUUGCUUACAGCUGGAUAUGAUGAAAUAUCAUCACGCUUCAUCGAACACAUUCAAACAACGCCAGAUAUUCUCCAUCCACAUUACUCUUUUGGCAACCACGUCUGAUGGCAUGCAUAUCAUUUGUAUUGAGGUGAGAUCAGUUGUAGUACCUAUUGACUGGGAAGACUAUUUGCAUUGGAUCAAAGUUUUCGAGCUGUUGGUCAAGUUGAAG